AUGUACAUUAUUGCCCACAAGAAGAAAGAUGGAUCAUUUGUGAACGAAGAGGCUAGACAACAGAUUGAACAACUUGAAAGGGAAGUUGACAACAAUGCUUCUGAAGAAGAUGCAUUCACAACUGUAAUUGGAAAAGAGCAUCAUGGAUAUGUACGAGGCAUGGAUUUCGGUGUUUGCCUCUCUAAAGUCUUCAAAGGUUUUGGGAGUACAUCAAUCAAUGGUUCUUUUGCACAAGUUAACAAGCUUCAAUUAGAAUUGGAAACAGAGCGUGCUAGAGUUGAUACUUUGGUACAAGAAGUUGAAAGAUUUAAAGGUUUAGAAGAACAGCUUACAUUUGUUAUGCAACAAUUGACUGGCCAAGGAUUUAAUCGGGUUACCGAUUUAGGCUCUCCAAACGAACCAAGGCGAUCUUCGUCCGCUAGUCAUAAUCCCGAAAACAAAGGACCGUCUUCUUAG